AGGUCAGUGUAGAUGGUAAAGUAGUGUUACCUAAAAACGGAUACCUGGAUAAUAAUGGUCGAUUCAGACUAAAGCUGUUGGAAAAUGAAAAGAAAUUCUUUCCUGAACCCAAAGAUAAAGUUAAUGGAGAAAAUUUCAUCAGGCAUAAAGUUCAUUUUGUCUCUGUUCAUAUUUUACUAAGAUUCACAAUCCUUUGUUAAAAUUACAUUUGAUAUUGUUAUUUUUAACCUUAAAGUUACUUAAGCUCUCUAGAGUAAAUAAAGCGUAUUCUAGAGAGCUGGAAUUUUAUGAUACAUUUUAAUUUAUCAAAAAUUUCCUUAAUUUUAAAAAAGGCUCAUUCAUGUAAAAAAAAAGAAUGAUUAAAGUAUUAAAAAAAAAAUUAGUUGUAGCUAGCUGAGUUUAUUGUCUUAGUAACAAUCUGCUACUUUAAAAAAAAGGAAUUUAAAAAAUAAUGUUUUCCUUCUGAAAAAUCUUUUAACAUUACUAGCUAUCCAGAAACAAAACAUAGCUUAUUUCCCCUUAUUGCAAAAGAAAGAAUGUUUAAUGGAAAAAUUAAAUUGAUUCUUAAAGUAUCAAGCAUCUUAUUAAAUAUUUUAAAAUUUCUCACUCAUUCUGAACCAUAAAUAAUGGUAAAUAAUUCUGGUGCUAUUUUUGCAACACUGCUACUUAAAAAAUUAUUUUAAAUUGUAUCAGAAUUUUAUUUUCUGGAAACAGCUUAUUACAUGCAUACAUUGACAUUAAAAUGUUUUUAACCUAGGAUCUAAUAGUUUAUAAAAUUUCUUCUAGCCGAGCAGAUAGCACAAUCUUAUGGGUUGUCUGUGGGAAUUCUACAGUUAAAGUAACUCAAGCCGAAGUCUUGAUUGUGUCCUUCACUUUGCCAGCAAUGACCAAUGAGGAGUUUUUUGGUGAGAAGAUAGUUGAAAAUCUUGCUGCAUUCUUAAAUAUGGAUCCUAAAAAGGUAGGACUUGACAAUAAAUUUUAAUUGCUAUUUUAAAAAAUUUAUUUUAAAUAUCCUGCUUAAUGCUGAAUUCAAAAACCUGUACACCUAUUCCCAAAUCCAGUUUAAAAAAUAAAAAAUUAAUAUCCUUAAAAAUAUUUUUUUUAUAAAUCAAGCAGGCUGGAAUAAAAGUAAAAGAAUAUAUCUGAAAAGCAUGAAAAGUCAGUGGCAGAGGAAGGGGUGGUUUUUCCCAGGCAGAAUUUUUUUUCUUUUUGUUGAGGUGCAGAAUUUUCUGUCACCUGCAGAGAGGGUCAGUAUAAAUCUUGGUCUGCCUGGGGUGGAACUAACGAGCUAUACCACUGUCAAACUUCAGAAUCAAACAAUGGACUUAUAUAACUUUAUUAAUGAAGACCAACACAUGCAAACUAGUUAUUCUAAGUGCUGGGUCAGAUAGGCCCACAGCAGGAUUUUUCACCCAAAAAAUGGCAGCAAUCUUACUAGUAAUGUAAGUCUACAAAGCUGCCAGAAUAUAUCUUAAACCACAACAACAAAAUUAGUUAACGCAAACAAUUUGACACUUAAAGCACUGUUUUUUACACAUGAUGAUGAAAUAAAAUUUGUAUUCACAGCUAUAUUUAAGAGGUUAAGUCUAGUCCAUGCUGGAAACACAUUACAAUUAGUAUUUUCUUAGAAAGUAUUAGGCCCUUUUUGACAGUCUCUUUGACUGAACUAAUUCACGCAAGUGUAAAAAAUAUUGCUAAUUAUUGAUUCAGGGUGCAAUCUUGCCUGAGAUUUGUUUUCCAAUUUUGCCAGGACUAUAAAUCAUAAUGAUUUCCCAUUUGGAUUAAGUAGAUGGAGUGCAAAUUGGGGCAAAUAAUUAAUAACGAAUCUUUUCAAAAUCUUAACUUUGUUCAUAGUACAUGAGUAAUUAACAUGUAGCGUUUGAAAUGAAUUUAAAAAUAUUAAUUUCUUAUGCUUUUUGAUUAACCAAGUGCUGACAAGAUUACAUAACACUUUUGAUAAAAUGUUAAACCAAGAUAAGCUUAAUAUGAGUUUAAUGGUGUUUAUUUUUUUGGUAGUUUAGUACCAUCCAUAAGGGAUGUCACAUUAUUUUGAACUAUUUUUUACCACCCCAUAGGCUUAAAUCAUCACAUAUGUUUUAUCACUUUACAUUAUCAAGUUGCUUAUAAUAUAACUACAAUCAGCUAAUGAUAGCACAAUUUUAUAGGUCAGAAUUGUUAAUAUUGUUAUGGAUACAUCAACAAGUGAAAGAUUAAAGAGAGCUAAAGG